AUGGGUAUGGGACUCUUCCCUAUCUUAUCGGAGUACAUGUCAACUCAGGGGCGAUUUGACUUCAACUUCGAAGGCAAAACUGUGCUGGAGCUCGGUGCCGGCACCGGACUUCCCGGCUUGACGGCGGCGAAACUCGGCGCGAGCCUGGUCAUAUUAACUGACGUCGAGCCCUUACUAGCAGGGUUAGUAAGAAAUGUGGAGGAGAAUGGUCUUCAAAACCGAGUUGCGGUGAGUAAACUCGUUUGGGGAUCGGACGAGUUACCGAGUCGGAUAGGUGGGUUGGGUGAGGUAGACUUGGUGCUCAUGUCGGACGUGUUCUUUGGUGCGUCAGAGACGGUGGCAUUGGCGGAUACAUUGAAGAGGGUUUGUGGGAAGGGGACGAGGGUAUGGGCGGCAAGCGAGUUGAGGCCAUGGACAACUAAUGAAUGUGUGAAUGAGUUAAUAAGUGAAGGGUUUGGAGUUGUUGAGUUGUCGAGUCAACUCGGCAAUGGAUUUGCUUCAGCGGGGAAAGACGACAGUUUUGAUGUGUUUUCUGUUUUUCAGUUGGUCCUACCAAAUCAAGAUAAGGACCGUUUAGAAGAAGAAUAAGACUGACUGUGCACCACUUCUUUUUCAUCACUAGACGUGGCACAAUCAGAAGCAUCAAAUAUUUAAUAAAUUUU